GGGUCAGGAGCCAGGCAAGGAGAGCCCGAACAAGAGAAGCAUUUUCCCGGGCUCUUCCAGCUGUUCUGUUCAAUCCCACCGUCAGUUCUGAGCAGGGAAGAGAGACUGUCAACACAAAUAAGGCAUUUUUCAAAGGCAUAAAUUAUGAGUAACCAAAACAAUACGACAUCUCAACCACAUGGAGACAUUGAGAGCCCCACAGCUGGAGCAGAUGUGGCUGUUAUUGGAGGUGUGAUUGCUGCAGUAGUAUUUGUCCUCAUCUGCCUGCUGGUAGUGAUGGUCCGGUACAUGUAUAGACAUAAGGGCACCUAUCACACAAAUGAGGCAAAAGGAACUGAGUUUGCUGAAAGUGCAGAUGCUGCUUUGAAAAAUGACCCCACUCUUCAGGAAGCAGUGGAUGAAAGCAAAAAAGAAUAUUUCAUCUGAGAGGCAAGGAUUUCCAUGAAGACUUCCCCAGGGGAAUCAGUCAGAAAUGCUACAUCAACAAAAGUGCUAAGAGAUGGAUAAUAUGAGGAUACAGGCAAGCAUCCUAGUUGAAAAGUAUCUCUUUACUUUUUGUUGUCACUGGGUUGUUUCUUUUCCUCUACCAGUGAAGAACUAAAUGCCAGAUACUUGCCUGUAGAUUUUAUUACCAGCACAGCUUGUCACAGUUGAAAUCAAUAUCAGAUAAGAAGAAACAAUAUCUCAGUAUGAAUGAUACACCAAAACCAGAUAAAGAUAGCAAAUGUCAAGCCUUGCAAGUUAAUGAUGCAUCCUAUGCUGAUAUGAUACUACCUGAAAUUGAAUUUCAAAUGGUCACAGAACAAACAUUAAACUAGAUAAAGCUGAUGUGGCUGGAACAAAAAUAGCUUUGUAGACCAGAUAUCUUACUCCUCCCCUUAAAUGUGCAAUUUUAUUGGCACAGGGGAGUCUGUUUUUUUUUUUUGUUUGUUUGAGGAUUUAGA